CAGAGAUACCGAAACUUCGUCACGGGCGAGGUUUACAAAGCGGUCAGCUCGUUCACCAGUUAGGGUGUUCCCACUCGGCGGAGACUCGCCGCACGAAGUUCUCGUCUCUGCUGAGGGCAGAGGAAGGGGACGUAACACAAGCCCAGGAGCGGCGAGACGUCGCGUUGGUGAGGAAAGGCUGGUGUUUAUUUUGGCCGCCAUGUGAUUUCCUCUCUCUGUUGUGCGCCAGUGACCUGCCUGUGCGGACCUCACGCUGUCAUCCCGGGAGGUGGGCAGGCGAGCGCUGUCAGACACGCCGGCGGAGAACCCCCUGGUACCGCUGCUUUCACUGCACAGUCUCAAGGAUUACUGUACCUCCCCGUGUCGGCUGGAGACUUCCCAAAGCGUCAAAAUGGGCACAUCAACACCCUGAACUACUCAGUGGAACUGACUGCUGUGCGCGACCCUAAUUAGGAGGGGGGGAAAAACCCGAAACAAAUCUGGAAUAAAAAACGAGGACGGAAAUCGAUCACGCAAACGAAAAACUUCCCGUGCUCUCGCGUUGACCAUUCGGGUGAAUUAUGUUUCGCUACAGGCAUUUACUGGCAAGUUGAAAUUGUGUCGAACGCAUCCUUUUCGAAGCAGGAUCCUCAUUUUGAUCGGAAUGGAUAAAAAUGCUCUCUUUGUGUUAAAACUUUUAAUUGUUGGGAUUGUAGUGAACACCCUGCUGACAAGUGGGCUGUCAGCAACAGAAAACACACGUGUGAAGACAGCCCAGCUACCCCACUCAAAGCUCUGCAACGAAACAGCCCUGCUGCUUGUGAUGGAGGACUGUGGCGAGCAAUUUAAGAAUCAGAUGAUGCAUGUGGAUCCGAAGAACUGGUGUAACUUGACGCAUUUUAUCUGGGAGUACUACUCGUUUUCCACCUGCACCGAGCAAGAAGCGGAGGUGAUAGGCUGCUACUGGCCGAAUCCCCAGGUGGAGAGCUACAUCAUCACCAUCCACAAACACUUCUUCUCGAACUGCACCCUGGACCACAUGGUGCUGCUCGACCCCCCCGACCCCACGCUCACGGUCCUGGUGCUUGUCCCUGUCAUGCUCACGCUGGCCAUGGUGGCCCUGGUGGUCUGGUGUAGCAAGCGCAGCGACAUCCUGGUGUAGGUCGUGGGCCCCGCCGGCUCCGACCCUCGCAGUGACCCCACGCCCCCCCCCCUUCCUCCCCUCCCCCUGCCCCACCCCCCCUGUCUCCAAGGGAACACACUUCUCCGGGCCCAGGAACUCGGAAGCUUAAAGCCCAGAAGCUGCUCAACGAUGGACGACAACAACCCUCCAGGUGUUCCGCGAUGUGUUGGAGCUGAAGCAGAAGCCUGAAGCAGAGCCUCUAGAUCGCCUCAGUGGGGGUUAAUGACAGUAACUCACCCAAGGUGAAUGGAAGUGGAUUGGGGGACGACACAACCAGGGCUGUCUUCAACGAGAGGGCCAGGGCACAGCUGGAACAGGGCCGAAGUCGUACAGGCUAGCCUUUGUUAAAUGGAGUGAGAUACUCUUCACAGGAGAAAACACAGAGACUGACAGGGCUACCUAAGAGCUGCAGUCUUUCCUCCGAGCGGCAUCCCAACACCCUGAGCCUGCAGGGGGAGCCCCGGACACGAUGCUUUUGUUGAGGAGCUUUGUUCCGAAAGGUCUACCUGCAGCUCCUCGCGGGUGGAACAGCAGUGUGUUCCUGCUCUUCCUGAGGGAACUGCGAUACAUGUGGAUAUGGCCAAGCUGCAGACACGAUCUGCUUGAAUUUCCUAUUAUGAAUCUCUUGCUUGUUGUUUUUACGAUUCAGUGGAACGUCGGUGAACAAUAGCCGACAGCAACACUCAGCGUUUCUGAAAAACUCGGCAGGACUUCCACUGAAGGCUGUCUGUAAUGUUUCUGUUUCAUCACUCUGGGGUCAAAUUGCAGACAAUGACACUGUAAAUCGUUUGUAAGUGUUGAUAAUUUUUAAGAGUAUGGUAUGCUACCAGUAUGUGAUUUCUGUCAAGAAAGAAUGAUGAAAUCCUGUACUGUAUUACUAUUUAAUGUUUUAAUUAAUUUGCUUAGAAGUAAUCACUUCAACAUUUACUAUUCAUCAGAGACAACACCACUGGAUUUUUAGAUCCAGACUUAAGCACUCUCUGUUCUAACGCAAUAUGUAUUGUAUAAUUGUUUCUCAAAGAAAUGUUCGCAGGCGAGUGUUUAGUUAGCACAUCUGAUGCCGUACACUGAGUAAGGGCCUCAUUAAAGUGAGAAAAACCGAA